CACCCCUCCGCUUGCUCUCCGCCUCCAUGCCCUCCGCCGAGUCGUCGUGGAAGGACGAGUUUCUCCAGUUCUGCGUCGACUGCGAGGUCCUCCGCUUUGGCGAAUUCACGCUCAAGUCGGGCCGCUCGAGCCCCUACUUCUUCAACGCCGGCCUCUUCAACACCGGCGGGCGCAUCGCCAAGCUCGGCCGCUUCUACGCGCGCGCGAUCGCCGAGGCGGGGCUCGAGUUCGACGUGCUCUUCGGCCCGGCGUACAAGGGCAUCCCGCUCGCCACGAGCGCCGCCAUCGCGCUCUCCGAGCACCACUCGCUCGACGUGCCCUGCUCGUACAACCGGAAGGAGGCGAAGGACCACGGGGAGGGCGGCUGCAUCGUCGGCGCGCCGCUCGCGCAGCAGCGCGUGCUGAUCGUCGACGACGUCAUCACCGCCGGCACCGCCGCGCGCGAGGCCGCGGGCAUCAUCACCGCCAACAGCGCCUCGGUCGCCGGCCUGGUGAUCGCGCUCGACCGGCAGGAGAAGGGCGCCGGCACGGAGCUGACGGCGGUGCAGCAGGUCGAGAGCUCGCUCGGCGUGCCCGUCGUGCGCGUCGCCACGCUCGCCGACCUGAUCCGCUUCCUGGAGUCGAGGCAGCCCGAGCAGGCCGAGCGGCUGCGCGCGCACCAGCAGGCGCAGGGCGAGGCGGCGGCGCCGCCGCCUUGACGCCGCCGCCUUGACGCCGCCGCGGACGUGCACGGCGGCCGGCGGCCGCCUGAGGGACGACUCCGGCCUCCGAGCGAGGCUCGCCCUGCUGUUGAGGUUGCGCUGCUCGAACGCUCCGCCAUGCGAUAGUACCGGCUCCGCCGAGCGUACCAGGGACACAGUCUGGCUCCACCGAGCGUGGGUGAAGCGAUUUUGAAUUCUUUCACGGUAGUGUCACCGCGUUGUUGUAAAAUUCUUCACGGGGCGC